AAGCCUCCUGUCGCUGUUGUAUGCGUGGGAAUGGCGGGCUCGGGCAAGACGACUUUCAUGCAGAGGAUCAACGCGCAUCUUCACGAGCAGUCGCAAGAAUCGUCGACGCAGCAGCCGCCGUAUGUGCUCAAUCUCGAUCCGGCAGUGCGAAGUGUGCCUUUCGAUUCCAAUAUCGACAUUCGCGACUCAGUAAACUACAAGGAGGUCAUGAAGCAGUACAAUCUUGGGCCGAAUGGAGCCAUCUUGACCAGCUUAAAUCUGUUCAGCACCAAGAUUGACCAGGUCAUGUCGAUACUAGAGAAGAGAUGCUUGCCACAGCAACCCUCCAAACCACUGCCGAGUCACAUUAUCGUCGAUACUCCCGGCCAGAUCGAGGUCUUCGUCUGGUCGGCUUCUGGUAACAUUCUGCUGUCCUCGUUCGCAUCCAGCUUUCCUACCGUCAUCGCAUACAUCAUCGACACCCCGCGAACGACCGAGAACACCAGCACAUUCAUGUCCAACAUGCUCUACGCAAUCAGUAUUCUCUACAAGACAAAGCUGCCCAUGAUUCUCGUCUUUAACAAGACCGACGUGAAGGAUGAGUCUGAGGCUGUGGAGUGGAUGCGUGACUUCGAGACUUUCCAAAAUGCCGUGCAGCAGGAGGAGGAAGAACAGCGUGAAAGUGGAGGCUACAUGGGCCCUCUGCUGAAUAGCAUGAGCCUGGUGCUCGAAGAAUUCUACAACCAUUUAUCCGUCGUAGGCGUGUCUUCCAUGACAGGCGACGGCGUCGAUGGCUUCUUCCACGCCAUCGAAGAAAAAAGGCAGGAGUUCGAGAAAGACUACAAGCCCGAGCUUGAGCGAAGGCGCGCUGAAGCUGAAGAGCAGAAGAAAGAGCUGCAGCAGAAAGAAGUCAGCAGAAUGAUGAACGACAUGCAGGUCUCAUCCAAAGCAAAGGGCACUGGCAAAUACGCGAAGAAGUCUGAACCAGAGACUGUCAGCGAUUUGGAAGACGCAGACGAGGAUGAAGAG